CAACAACAACAACAACAUGUAGAGAAAAUAGUUAAAUAAGAUUUUUUUUCGUGGUCUAUUUAUCCAUUUUCGUUAAUAGAAGAAUAUCGAAUGAAAACGAAUCAAAAUGGGAAACUAUAAAUCAAGGCCAAAUAUAUCUUGUGCAGAAGAGUUGAAGAAGAAGAUCAGUGAGAGUAACUCACUUUUUCGGUCCCACAUAAGUGAAGAUCUUCGGCCGGUGCUGCAGACAGAAUGGUCAGAACUUCAGCUGGCUUGCAGUGGUUGUGAUACAGGCCAUGUAAUAUCGUUGCUAACAGAGGAAAACAUCCAUGAGGUGACGGACACUGGCCUUACCCUGCUUCAUGUGGCUUGCAUUUCUGGGGGUAGCAAACAUUUAGUAGAAGUUCUGUUACAAAAAGGGAUCAAGCCAGGAAUCCUGUCCAAAAAUCAGUUCUCUGCCUUGCAUUUGGCAACAUACAAAGGCGACAUAGACUGUGUACAGGCUCUGCUAGAAAGCAGUGUAGAUGUGAACCAGACAGGCCACAGUGGCCUGACUAGUCUGCACAUAGCGGCCAUGUGUGGCCACAGAGAGAUUGCCAGCUGUCUUCUACAGAAUGGAGCCAAUGUCAACGUUGAAGAUGCUGUGAAGUUUACACCACUGCACAUUACUUGCAACUUUGGUCAUGACAAGGUUGCGGAAGUCCUGUUGCAACAUGGGGCCGAUGUGAACAUUGCGGGCAGCGUGGGCGACAGACCUCUCCACCUGGCCUGUGGGAAGGGCUAUGUGCGGGUCACACAGCUGCUUGUGGAAGGUAGCGGGAAAUCCAAGGCCGAUGUGAAUGUGAGGGAUGAUGAAGAGCACACUCCUAUCCACUUCUGCUGCAAGUCUGGCCACCUGGUGGUCCUUCACUACCUGCUGGAACAGAAUGCCGACCCACAUUGUGUCAAUAUCUAUGGCGACACACCACUGCACCUGGCUUGUUACCAUGGUAAACUGGAGAUUGUGAGACAGCUUAUCUCCAGGACAGGGCUGGACAGCGUUGCCAAGGAGAACAUCUUUAGUGAGACACCACUGCAUAGUGCAUGCACAAGUGGGAGGAGUGUGGAGAUGAUCAAGUUCCUGCUGGACCAGCCUGGAGUGAAGGCAAACUGUCAGGGCAAAGACGGGCAUACCGCGUUGCACAGUGCCUGUUAUCAUGGUCACCUGCGUGUGGUUCAGUACCUACUUGAGAAAGGCGCCGACAUCAACCUGGUGGCACAUGUCAGCGACCAGAACGGGGGCAGCGAAAAACGAGAGGAGCAGACGGCACUCAUGUGGGCAUAUGAACAAGGUCAUGACGCCAUAGUAACACUGGUGAAGCAUCACAAGCGACCCCAUGAUGAGUCCGCCCAUGGAGACUACAGCCAGCCUGGCGGGGAGGGCUCCUAUGUGUCCGUACCGUCGCCUAUCGGCAAGCUCAAGAGUAUGACAAGAGAGAAGAUAGAGGUGCUCCAGCUGCGUGCUGACUUGCCCCACCAGUUCCACAUCCUGAUCUCAGACAUUGACUUCCAGGACGUGAUUGGCAGUGGGUCCUUUGGCAAGGUCUACAAGGGACGCUGCAGGGGCAAAACAGUCGCAGUCAAGAGAUACAAGGCGAGCUGUUUUGGCACGAAGUCAGACGUGGACAUGUUUUGUCGUGAGGUAGCCAUACUUUCCAAGCUGAACAGCCCCUACGUCAUACAGUUCAUGGGCGCAUGCUUGGAUGACCCUAGUCAAUUUGCCAUAGUGACACAGUAUGUUGCAGGCGGGUCUCUGUUCAGCCUUCUUCAUGAGCAGAAAAGAUUGCUGGACAUCCACUCAAAGCUGAUCAUAGCAACAGACGUCGCUAGGGGCAUGAAGUACCUGCACACCCUGCCCCAGCCGAUCAUUCACCGUGACCUCAACAGUCAAAACAUACUUCUAGAGGAGAGCGGAAGGGCGAUUGUGGCUGACUUUGGAGAGUCCCAGUUCCUGCGGACAUUAGAAGACAACAUGACCAAGCAGCCCGGGAACCUGCGCUGGAUGGCUCCAGAGAUCUUCACGCAGUGCACCAAAUACAGUAUCAAGGCGGACGUGUUCAGCUUCUCCCUGUGUUUGUGGGAACUGUUGGCUGGGGAGCUGCCCUUUGCGCACCUGAAACCAGCUGCGGCUGCAGCAGAGAUGGCCUACCAUCAAACCCGUCCACCCAUAGCUGUCACAUUUCCUAAACCACUCGUGUCCUUGCUGCAGUGUGGAUGGAAUCCUAACCCAGAGGACAGACCAGAUUUUGCAGAGAUUCUGCCCAUUCUUGAGGAAUGUAAACAGUCCGGCACAGUGAUGUUGCUUAGCAACCCCUCUGGGUACCAGUCUCUGUCGCUGUCCGCCAGUCUCCCAGCAGUGAUCCGGGACCACGAUGGUAUCCUUGACGAUGGCAGGUCCACUCCGCCCUUGGCAGGAAAUGUCAGUGCUUUGAAGAGCCGCUGGGAACAAACUGUCCAGCAGCAUAGUGUGGAUGACUUAAGAACAAGGCUACCAUUCCCACAGUUAGACAAAUAUGGUUAUGUGUGCGACCCCCUGAGUACCCUUAGAAUCUCCAUCCCUCUGGAGCAGAGGAGAGAGGCCUCCAAGUCCAGCCCUAAUUCACAGGCCCCAUGAUCCGAUAAUGUUUUAAGAUCCAUCUUGAUGUUUAUCACAAAUACUCAGUCAAUAGCAAUAGCAUUCAUUAUUAUGUAAUAUGUUUUCCGAUUGGUCAAUAUUUGAAGUUGAGAUAUAAAACAAGUCUGCCAUUGGUCAAUUUAUAAAGUUUGGCUAUGGAACAAACUUUGCCAUAUCUGAAUUGUAUAGGCCCAGCUAUGUAACAAACUUGUCUUGUGGUUCAUAAAUUUGAAAUAAGUUACACUCUUUGCCAUUGUUCAAUAUUGUAAAUUCGAAUUCUGUUUGAUAUAUAAACUGUUCAUAGUCUUUUGUGCCAGAUACCAAACUAAGGAGCUUGUGCUCCUUAUACUCUUUGUACAAGAAAUAUGUGAGCCAUGCAUUUAACAAGCCAUGAUACAUUGAAACCUACAAGUUGCUAUCCUACUUUGUAACAUAAGUAUAUUCUGAUAUGACAUUUUGAUAUCGGUCUUUGCACACACAUGUCCUCUAGGUUUCUUAAUGGUUGGUAUAUCUCAACAACAUUUACCUUGCAUAGGUUACCUCCCAUUGGCAUAAUUAUACGCUUGAUUUGUUUUCUAUAUUUGUAAUCUUAUUUGUUAGUGAACGUUUUGCAUGAGUUUAAUGCGAGCCUAACAGUAUAGUUAGUGAGGAAAACUUCAAUUGAUUUCAGUCGCUUCAUAUAUUCGCUGUUAUGGUAUUAAAAUAUAUUCAUACAUAAAGGUUAGUGCCAGGUUAUUGUUGGUGCUCUAUAUAUUGAACACUAUAAAGCUGUUACACAGAGAAGGUGGUAUCCUUGAAGAGCUAUUUAAAGGCAAGAUGUUGGUUAUUUUAUUAUAUUUUAAGAACCUUUUUACGAGAAGUUUUAGUGAAUCACCAGUCUUUCAUGCAUUUCAAAAAUCAUGUUCAUUAGAUUUUUUUCUCAUGUCAUCUCAAUAUUGGUGCUUUAGUAAAUAAAUGUAUGACAUGCAUUUAUGUUAAAUUACAACUUUAUAUGGUUGUAUUUACAUUUGUUUUCUUUUUCAGUUGUUGGAUUCUUUAGUUGUUUUGAAUAUUAAUGCUGUAUGUUUUGAAUAUUAAUGCUGUAUGCUGAUUUUUUUAACGUAUAUACUUACAUACUUAUUAGAUAUGUAAUACACAUUCUUUAUUCAUAUUAGAUAUAAAUUGAACAGAUAUUUAUAUUAUUAGUUUUUAGGAGGUUUACAAUAAGGGAAUUAAUGAUGUACCAAAGAUAACUCGAUUUUUUGUGUUAAGAAAUGCUGCAUUAGUCUGUAUUUACCUGCGUUUAUAGUCUGAUUUAUCUAUAUAAUUUUCAAUGCAUAUUACAGCACACAUUCAUUUUUACCAUGUGUAUGGUUGAGCAAUACCCAUGAUGUGCUAACCGGUAUAGUUUGAAAGUCACCAAUAUUGAAAGAGUUUGUAUGCUUUUGAAUGAUUUAGUCAUUUAACAAAUAUUUUUAAUUAAAUUGAUGAUAAUGGUGUUCAAUAUUUUUUACACCUGUGCAAUAACUUGUAAAUUGUGUUCAUGUUUUUCUUGAGCCUUUGAAAUGUUUUCGAUAUAUUUGCCUAAUGAAACCCGUGCCAAAUUAUGAAGUAAAGCAUUGUUAGAACUGCACCAGUUCUGAACAGUUUUAGUGUUUUACGUGUGUGUUUUUAUAUAGAAGUUGUGUAAUUUUCACACAAAACAACUUUAAGAUUCAACAUAUCUUUAAAUAUGUGCAUUUUUAUAUGUAUGUUUUUUAUAUAGAAGUUGUGUAAUUUUCACACAAAACAACUUUAAGAUUCAACAUAUCUUUGAAGAUGUGCAUUUUUAUGCUUCCCAUAUAUAUAUAUAUGGGGAGCAUAUAGUUGCCAGUUUAGGGUUCCUUACUUACUGCCGUAUCUUUUUUGUUACCGUUUCUUCAAUAUUUUAGGGCCUUCAAUAUUUUACCGAUCUCUGACAUAUUUGGCAUGUACGUACCUUGCAUGGACCUCUACCUUUUGAUGAUGUUUGAGGUCACUGUGGUCAAGGUCAAGGUCACUGAGGCUUAUAAUAGAUUUUCCGUCACAAUUUUGUUAGUUUCUCAUAGCACCUUUCAUAUUUUCCCGAUCUCUUACAUAUUUGGCAUGUAGGUACCUUUCAUGGACCUCUACCUUUUGAUGAGGUUUAAGUUAUUGGGGUCAAGGUCAAGGUCACCAAGGCGAAUAAUAGAUUUUCUUUUACAGUUUUGUUACAGUUUCUCAUAGCACCUUCAAUAUUUAACAGAUCUCUUACAUAUUUGGCAUGUAGGUACUUUGCAUGGACCUCUACCUUUUGAUGAGGUUUGAGGUCACUGGGGUCAAGGUCACUGAGGUUAAUAAUAGAUUUUCUCAAGGUCACACUUUUUUCCACACAAACCAUAUAUCGACCAAGCAUCAAUGGGGAGCAUCCAUCAGUUUUACUGAUAUCCUUGUUUUUAUUAGUCAUGUGUUCUUUUAUUUGUAUGCAAACCUUAAUAAUUAUGGUAUACAUUCCUGAAAUGUGGAUAUAAAAACAUAUUUCCCCCAAAAUAUAGCAAUAUAUAAAAACCUAUGCAUAUUCACUCUUUUAAAGAAUAUAUUUAUCAAGUACUUGAAAUGCAUGGAUACAAACUUUGAGAAAAGCAUAUUUUAUGCCUUUUUUUCCACACAUGCCUUUUGAGGUAUUAGAAUUGACACCUACAAUAUUCAUAUAAUGUUCUGAAAAUGUUAUGCCACUGUAAAAUAGUUACAUGUAGUGUGCAUGCGGAUAAAUGUACUGUAAGUAUAAUAAUUGUAUAAUAAUUUUGCCACUACUACAUAUUUUUUGUGUUUCUGUGCGUUUGCAAGAACAGGAAAUUUCCUUUGGAAACAAUUUUAUUCAUACUUAUUUAAAGAUAAGUGUGUCUUUGAAACUAUUAUACUGUAUUAGCGCUUAAUAAGCCCCUUAAAUCAAGCUCAUAUUUUGUUUUGUCCAAUUUGAAAUUUGGAAUAGUUAUCACUUGCAAAAAUAUUUACUGAUAUGUUAUCUCUGUUUUAUUUUGGAUGAAUCUCAUAAUCUCAUACUCAGGACCAGAAUUCCGUUCUAGCCUGGUUUUAAUUUAAGCCAUUAACUAUGAAAUUGUGUUUUGGUUUUCUUCUUUGUGCAAUAUUCAUUUUAGUCAAUGAAAUAUUUUUUUGGAAUGUUAUUAGUUUUGUGUCUUUUGCUGUCUUCCUUGAUAGUUUACAUGCAGUUUUACAUGUUUAUAGCUCUUAUGUGACUCUAUUGAAAUCCACAAAUCUAGUCAGUUUUCUUAUACAUAGUUUUAUAUAAAACUUCGGUGAUGUAUCAUUAUCAUUAUAUUUGUGACUGUGUUGUGAUGACUGGUGUUAUGUACCGGUAAACUUCGUUAUCCUGUUUUAUUUGUUUUUGAUUUUGAAUCUUUUCUAGUCAUUUGUUCUGAUCCUCUGAUAACUUGUUAAACCACGAAAAUGUUUGCAUAAAUCCUUGUAUGAUCAUGUAAAAUUCGACUUAAAGAUUUGGCAUUAUUGUGGUAUAUUUGCCAAUAAGCAAAUUUCUAUUGUUAUGUUACCUGUUGUGUCUUGUAUUGAGUCUUGUAAUCUUUAAGUCAGAACUGUCUGAGUUUUGGAUGUUUGAAUCUGAACUUGAAAUAAAUCUCUCCAUAUAUA